AUGGGAGACCUUUUUUCCUUAUUUUGGGAGGUGGAUCCUCCCCCCAUACCUUUAAGUUUUACCAUUCCAAGUCAGGAAUAUGAAUGCCGGAAGGAUGACUCUUGCGGGACAAUAGGGAGCUUCCUGCUUUGGUAUUUUGUCAUUAUAUUGGUCCUGAUGUUGUUCUCUCGGGCUUCUGUCUGGAUGUCGGAGAAGAAAAAGGAUGAAGACAGUGGGACCAGCACCUCAAUCAGUAAAGCAAGCAAAGACACUUCCUAUAAGCGGCAAAGCAAAGAUGGUGACUGGGACUCUUUACAAAUGAUGAAAAAACCAAAGCAGAGCCAACUUACCCCUGUAACUGACUCAGAAGUGGCUUUGGUCAAUGCCUAUCUUGAACAAAGACGAGCCAGGCGCCAUUCUCAGUUCAGCCAGGUGAAUCAGAUCCAACACGAUAGUGAUACGACUGAGUGUGACAGUGAAGAAUCGAACUCGGGAGCCUCCUCGUGGAAGGAGAGUGAAAGUGAACACCAUCCGUCACCAGCUAGUAUUAAGAAGAGAAAAAUAGCUCAGAGGCCAAGGAAUGUGGGAAGUUGCCAAAUCAGGGAAAGGCCCUGCCUCCACUGCAAAGCCAUGAGAACCAAUGAAUGGUUGGCCCGCCACUUCCUUCAGAGUACUUCAGUAGCCCACAUGAAGGGAGAUAAUCAAGAGGAAAAUUGUGUACCUGACAUUAAUACAAAAUUCAGUAAAUUUUGA